AUGAAGGAAGUGGAGAUCUCCACCCUCCAGCCUCCCCCUGACACUUCUCAUAAAUAUUACCAAGGCUUAUUCGGGAGGCUCCCACCAUAAAGUCACAUCGUGUCCUGGUUUUAACAAGUUUUCGACCGUAAAAAAAUCGGAAAUUUGCUCUUUUUUUCCCUUCGCCACCGCGUUGGCAGUAUCGGAUGCGCUCCAGCCACCGUUUUUCCAACUCGAACUUUACGCGCCGGCUACUGCGCCACUAGCUGGAGAGCUGCUGUCGCCGUUUACCGGCUGCUGCUGUCCCGGGGAUCCAGUCCUGGUUCUCCGGAAUCUUCGGCGUCGAGGGCAAAGAUCCCUGAUAAAAUGUAUAAUUAAUGUUUUAAUUUGUGGCUCUCGAUCGAUCGGAGGCUGACUUUCUGUCAACUUGGCUUCGGAACUUUGACUUGUGUUUCUAGUCGCUGCUGGCAAAGAAACCGAGAAACCACAAGUGAUUCAGUGUCACAAACUUCAUUGUUUCUGUCCACAAGAAGAGGAGAAAGAGGACACUUUUUAUCCUGAUUCUUUAAAAUAUCGAGGAUCCAUGAUGAGCAAACCCACCGGCUCAACAAGUGGCUGUUUGGAUAUUCUGAAUGUCAAAUCAAGUCGGAUUCUGGACAUCCCAUGUAAAGUGUGCGGUGACCGCAGCUCAGGGAAACACUAUGGUGUUUACGCCUGUGAUGGCUGCUCGGGAUUCUUCAAGAGGAGCAUCCGCAGAAAUCGGACUUAUGUGUGUAAAUCUGGCUCGCAGGGUGGUUGUCCCGUAGACAAAACUCACAGAAACCAGUGCCGAGCUUGUCGUUUGAAAAAGUGUCUGGAAGUGAACAUGAAUAAAGACGCCGUUCAGCAUGAGAGGGGGCCACGGACAUCUACAAUUCGCAAACAGGUCGCUCUGUAUUUCCGGGGCCACAAAGAGGUGAAUGGCUCCUCGGCACAUUUCCCCGGAUCCUCACUACCCGGUCCUCCUUUUUUCACCACUGUCACCCAGCUGGAGCCGCACAACUUGGAGAUGAGCACAGUAGCCACUACACCGGAAAGACAGGCCAUCGUGGGUCUAGCACAGCCAACUCCUAAGUAUCCCCACGAGGUCAGUGGCACCCCCAUGUAUCUGUACGAGGUGGCUACGGAGUCUGUGUGCGAGUCAGCUGCGCGUCUUCUCUUCAUGAGCAUCAAGUGGGCAAAAAGUGUCCCCGCGUUCUCCACCCUCCCUUUAUCUGAUCAGCUGAUUCUGUUGGAGGACGCUUGGAGGGAAUUAUUUGUUCUGGGCAUCGCGCAGUGGGCCAUUCCCGUGGACUCCACAACUCUUCUCGCUGUUUCUGGGAUGAACACUGAAAACACGGAGUCUCAGCGGAUGAACAAGAUUAUGUCUGAGAUUCAAGCGCUUCAAGAAGUGGUCACCAGAUUCAGACAGAUGCGCCUUGACGCGACCGAGUUCGCCUGCUUGAAAUGUAUCGUGACAUUCAAAGCUGUUCCUACGCAUGGAAGCACAGAAUUAAGAAGUUUCCGCAACGCCAGCGCUAUUGCUGCUCUGCAAGAUGAAGCCCAGCUCACUCUCAACAGUUAUAUACACACCAGGUACCCGACUCAGCCGUGUCGUUUUGGUAAGCUCCUCCUGCUGCUGCCGGCCCUCCGCUCUGUCAGCCCGUCCACCAUAGAGGAGGUGUUCUUCAAAAAGACCAUCGGCAACGUUCCCAUCACCAGGCUCCUGUCCGAUAUGUACAAAUCCAGCGAUAUAUGAAUUCUCACAAUCUGCCGGGGCGCGUGAGGAGGGGGAAAAAAGACUGGAGGCCCACGAGGAGACCCACUGAACAAUCAACACAGACUGUCAAAUCAUAGCAGGUGUAGCCACGGCACAAAAUCUCUUACGGGCUGUCUUAAUACAGCCUAUUUAGGCUUAGGCUCCACUGAACACAUCCGGAUCACAACUUUAGCCUGUUAACAGUUGCUCUAGUCAAGGAUUAGCAUGUACCUUUCAUUAGAGACCUGCCUGUCUGAUUCUGAAAACUGCAAUAUCUUGUGGCCAAAACAGCUUGCAGCGUUUAAAUGUCGCCUUAAGGCUCUGGAGAGCACCUGCCAAGCACGUUUCCUAAAGAAACGCUGUACAUUAAGACUUUUUUUGUUUUGAUUUUUUCCGAGUGUCUAUGAGACCAAUGAGCUUGACGACCAAUUCACCAUUUUAUUUCUGUUUUCAAUCCCAACGGAGGAAACCAAAAAAACAGAAGAAGAAGAAGAAGCAUCCGCGGGGAGAUGCGAGUCGCUGUUCCUCAAUUCGGUGCUGAAACCAAACGCACGGAUGAGGCGUCAGCUCCAUGAAGUAUUGUGGAGGACUCUUUAAAAAGGAUGCACUAUCUACCCCCCCCCCCC